UCAUAAUUGCCCCUUCAUGAUUUGCUACCACCGCUUUGUCUGUGACUGCAUCGGCGUGGAAGAUUAAAAGGUAAACUCUUCCAUGAUUGGCCCUUCUGGAGAUCCGUUAACAAUUCCUCCGUAGGUGUGUCGUCAUUCCCAGUAAGUGGUCAACUUAAUUACCAACCAAUCAGCAGUACCCACCUUCACUUAUUGCUCAUCUGCAUAAUUUCUGUGUGAAAGAGUACUACAACAAAUGUAGUAUAUAUUUUGCUUCCCGUCUCCAUAUCUUUAUCAAGACAUCUGACAUCUUCGAAAGAGUCAUCUGACGAGCCAGGGACUUCCCUAAGCCGGCCCGUACCAGUCACCAUGCCCUGUCACCGCCUGUCCAGUCGUGCCCUGCAGGAAUUUGUCAGCACCUUCCGACUGACCAGGGACUUGACAGUGGGACCCUCAACUGCCAAGUUUAUGCAAGAUAUCGAGACCUACACGUUGUACUGGGAGAAUAAGGACGCUCUUCUAAAACUCCUCCGUGACGACAAGCUGGUAGACUGGGACAAGAACUUCACCAUUGCAGCGUUUUCUGAGAAAGGACUGCCCGUCCUGAGCCAUGUGUGCCGUGAGAAGGGAAAGCCGGUGCCGCAGCAGGAUAAUCUGGUUCAGGUUCACACGGCCUUCCAUCCCAACGUCCUGCCCGUGCCUGCAACUGACAGGUCUCCCGAUAGCUCCGUGACUUUGGGACGACUUGGUCCGGAGCACGCAGAGCUUGUGAACCGUGCCUGGUCGUGGGGAGGACCGCCCGAGGUGCUGGAGUUCAUCCGGUACGUGCUGGCAACAUUCCCCUCCAAAUGCGCGUACAACAAGCAGGGGGAAACCCUGGCGUUCACCGUUCUCCAACCCUGGGGAGAGUACGGGAUGACUAGGGCAAUGGCGCCCGGUCGGUACGGCACUUUUGUCGUGAACAGUAUGAUCAACGAGGUUCUGAAGACAGGUGAUCUACCGUACUGCUUCGUAGAGCGAAACAAUGAAAAGGCGAGGAAAAUAGUGGAUGAAGAGUUGGACCCGAAAUGGGACCCUUCCGGAAGUUGCUUCUAUGUAAGUCUGUAAAAGACAAGCAGCUUAACUUUGGGUCUACAGGUCCUCUAGUUUGGGCAAUGUUUUUUUUAGAAAGAGGUUGGAAUAUAGCAAAACAAACAAUCAUGCACAAUCCAUUUUUUGGCACGGGGUGUGUGGU